GGGGCUCUCCGGCAGGCGCUGGCAAAUACGCUUUCCGGCGGGCGGGUCGAGGCGGGAGGUUGCUAGUGGAGGCGUGAGUUUGCCUUCGGGUGUAGCGGGGUCGUGUUUUGUAUCUUGGGGGCCUCCUUGGCGACGUGAGCACCCCGACUCAGCAUGCCGGGCGUGAAGCUGACUACCCAGGCCUACUGCAAGAUGGUGCUACACGGCGCCAAGUACCCGCACUGCGCGGUCAACGGGCUUCUGGUGGCCGAGAGGCAGAGGCCGCGCAAGGAGCAUCCGCCGGGCUCAGGCAGCCACACUCUCUUCGUGGACUGCAUCCCGCUUUUCCACGGCACGCUGGCCCUGGCGCCCAUGCUGGAGGUGGCACUCACCCUGAUCGACUCAUGGUGCAAAGAAAACAGCUAUGUGAUCGCCGGCUAUUAUCAAGCUAAUGAGCGUGUGAAAGAUGCCAGCCCAAACCAGGUGGCAGAGAAGGUGGCCUCCAGGAUCGCUGAGGGCUUCAGUGACACUGCACUCAUCAUGGUGGACAAUGCCAAGUUCACAAUGGACUGCGCAGCACCUACAAUCCAUGUCUACGAGCACCAUGAGAACAGGUGGCGAUGCAGAGACCCACACCACGACUACUGUGAGGAUUGGCCGGAGGCACAGAGGAUCUUAGCAUCGCUCCUGGACAGCCGCUCCUAUGAAACACUUGUGGAUUUUGAUAACCACCUGGAUGACAUUCGGAACGACUGGACAAACCCUGAGAUCAACAAAGCAGUUCUGCACCUGUGCUAGACGAGGGCCACCACAACUGACUGGACACUGCACUACAGAGAAGAGAAAAACCUAUUUUUAAAUUUCGAGUACUAGUGGACUAAGUCUGUGGUGUGUGCCUUGGAAGGGGAGUCCAAUCGGCAUCCUUCAGGGCAGGGUUGUGGAGAGGUGUAGGCCGCCUAGGCUUUGGGUUCUUUUUCUGUGCUGCCCAGUCCUGCCCAUCAGAGCUCUUUCUGCUUGUCCCGGUUGUUCCCAUUAAACAGUUCUAGCCUUUUAUAAUCUAGAAAGGGUGCAUUUCCGUCUUUAUUCUGGUGAGUGUGCAAGGCAUUACGCAGCCUCGUGGACUGUUGGAGCAUCAUCUUGAUCAGCCAAGUUGGUGUCAAGGCUAGGAGCUGUGGGCUCCACAAAGCUGCACAGGGGAAAGAGCCAGCACCGCUGCCUGAGAAACCUCACUCUACAGUGAACACAGCACAUUGGUAAUGAGAACAGAGAUGCGGUGAGGAGAGGAAGCUGAGCCCUUGAACAUUCCCAAAACCUGACUCAGCUGCUCUGGGUCUUCAGAGUGAGACCUGCUUUGUAUUUAAAAUAAACAAAAAACAAACAUACAAAAAGAAAAGAAAAAAAAAACCCAGUGUCCAGUGUCUCUGGGAUGUCCCAAGCAAUGUGCUUGUUAGCUUGGAUCAUUUGACCAAGUGUUCUGACCAUCUUAGGAAAUAGUAAGAAGACUUUUGGUGCAUUGUGUGUUGUCCUUUGGACUGUUUUACACAGAGAAAUAGUGCCUUUCCUUAGGCUUCAUGAGGCUGGUGGCAAGGGUUGGUGACAGCAUUCUCCCCUUCAUUCCAGCAGCUCUUCUUUUUAACUGUUUUGUUUUGCUCUUGAUUUUGUUUGUUGGCUGGGGGAAGUACUUAGUUUCGGUUGACUGAGAAUAUACCUUUGCCAUCCUGAUUGACUUGGUUUUGGCUAUGCAUGGGGAGGAGCCUGGCCUUGAACGUGCAGUGAUCCCUCUGCCUUUGCUUCUCACUUACUGAGAUCACCACCCCUCCCGGCUCUCCUUAACCUUUCAAACUGACCUUGUCAGUUCCUGAACUAAGGAAGGUUGGGACACCAGUCCCCAUCCUUCCUCACCCUCAUACAGAGGGCUUUGCAGGCUCCUCUGUAUUUGAGGACAGCCGUAGGCAUGUGCUCUCCCCUCCACCCCCCUCCAACCCCUGCCUUGCUUAUUUUUGAGAUGGGAGUUUUUGUGCUAGAGCCGGAGUUGGGCAGCAGCUCACAGUUCUUCUGUCCAAGCCAGGUAUGGUGCCCAUGCCUGAGUCCUAGCACAGAAGGGGAAGAUCCCAAGUUUGAGUCCAAUUCUUCGUAAUGAGUUUCAGGCCAACUGUAGAGUGAGAACACGUUCUGAAAACGAAAUCUGAGUGCGGCGGUCACCUGCGUACCUUGUCUUCAGGGACAACUCCCUUAGAGCUGCGGCUGACAAACGGUUCUGUAUAACUCGCACAUCAAAGAACAGGAACCUGAGGCAGGAGCUGAAGGAACUUACUAGGAACUUACUAGGCUCGUUCUCUGAGGUUCAGCCUGCUUUCUUACAUGAUUCAGACCAUAUGCCUGAGAGUAACACCACUCAGUGGGCUCUUCUACGUCAAUCAUUAAUCAAGAAAAUAACCCACAGACUUGUCUGCAAUCUAAUGGUAGCAAUUCUUUAAUUGAAGAAGGAGGUGACUAGACUAUAUCAAGUUUGACAAAACUAACCUGCAAAGUAUUUGUCAGGAUUCUCUAGAGAAAUGGGAGUGUUUUUUUAUUCUAUAAAUAAUAUAUAUUUAUGUAAAAUGGGAUUUAUUAGAGUCACAGGUAAUGAUCCAACUAUUCCAACAAUAUCUGGCAACCAGUGGAUAAUUCAAGAAUCCAGAGUUCAGUCCUCAAGACUGGAUGUCUCAGUUGGUCUUAAGUAUACACUGAAAUCACAAAGAAGUAGGCUCUAAUGCCAUUGAAAGAAUGAACUUGCCAGUGUGGGCAAGGGUAAGCAGGCAACAAACAAAAGCUUCCUUCCAUGUUCUUUAUAUAGGCUGCCACCAGAAGGUGUGGCCCAGAUUUAAGGUAGAUCUUGCUAUCUUAAAUGAUAAAUCAAGGAAAAUCCUCACAGAUGAACCCAGCAGCUUGGGGUUCAAUUAAUUCCAGAUGUAAUCAAGUUGAUGACCAAGAAUAGCCAUUACAAGCAGACAGUUGUCCCCUGUCAACUUGACAUAUAAACAGCACUAUUAAACCAUAACCUUUCUGUUCCUGUUUUUUUUUUUAAUAUUUAUUUAUUAUGUAUACAAUAUUCUGUCUGUGUGCACGUCUGCAGGCCAGAAGAGGGCACCAGACCUCCUUACAGAUGGUUAUGAGCCACCAUGUGGUUGCUGGGAAUUGAACUCAGGACCUUUGGAAGAGCAAGCAGUGCUCUUAACCACUGAGCCAUCUCUCCAGCCCCCUUCUGUUCUUGAUUAUCCCCAAGUUGCUUUGGUCAGUUGUAGCACAGCAAUGGAAACUAAGCUAGGACACCAUUAACAAGUAUAGUAAAAGCUAUCAAUAUAAAGUUUUCUUGCCGGGUGGUGGUGGCGCACGCCUUUAAUCCCAGCACUCGGGAGGCAGAGGCAGGUGGAUCUCUGUGAGUUCGAGGCCAGCCUGCUCUACAAGAGCUAGUUCCAGGACAGGAACCGAAAAAGCUACGGAGAAACCCUGUCUCGAAAAUCAAAAAAAAAAAAAUGCCGGGCAGUAGUGGCGCACGCCUUUAAUCCCAGCAGAGGCAGGCAGAUAUCUGUGAGUUCAAGGCCAGCCUGGUCUACCAGAGCUAGUUCCAGAACAGGCACCAAAGCUACACAGAGAAACCCUGUCUCGAAAAGAAAAAAAAAAAUUAAGACCAGGUGUGGUGCUUGUUUUUAAUCCCGGCACUCUGGAGGCAGAGACAGGCAGAUGUCUAAGAGUUCUAGGCCAGCUUGAUAUACAUAAAUCCAAGACAUCCAGGGCUGUGUAGAGAGACCCUGUCUCCAAACUAAGAAAGUCAAGGAUACUGUCCAGGCAUGAUGGCAUACGCCCAUAAUCCUGACACUCGGGCUGAGAAAACUGCCACAAGUUGAGGCCAGCCUGGUCUAUAUUGUGAAUUCCAAGACAACCUGAAUCUAGAAUGAAGACUCAAAAAAAAAAGAAAUAAAACUAAUAUGGAAAAACAGACAACAGCCUCAUCGGAAACUGUACAGCUAAGGAAAAGCUGACUACUAAUUUAAGGGUGUGGGAGUGUUUGCUUAAACAAUGUGUGUCCAGUGCCCGUGCAACAGAAAGUAGUUUGGAAAUCCUGGGGAAGUCUGUACGGCCAGCAAAAUGGCUCAGCAGAUAAACGCACCCUUCAAGCCUGGCAGCCUGUGUUCUGUGCCUGGGACCCACAUGUUAGAAAGAGAUAGGUUGUCCUCUGACCUCCACACGUGCA